AUGGCUCAGCCAUCAAUAAUCACACAUUCAUCUAUGACCGGGGAUGCUGGAGAAACCUCGGUCCGCACCUACAUCGACAAUACCCUUACGACUUUACUCCAUGAGCUUUCGCUACCACCGUCAGAAGGACAACCGUCAGUUACACUGCGGCGGAGAACAAAUCCAGCUGGAUACAACAUCAACCCACAGAAUGGCGCACUGGAAGCAAUUCAGCCGGUGGUCUCAUACCGGACUUAUACCUGGCCAGGGAACUCGGCAUUUGAAGCAUGGAGGUUCACAAUUAUCGUUCGAAUCCUUUCAGUGAUCGAUGAGGCGAUAAGAGUGGGACAAUUGAUUUCGAAGAGGGACAUUUACUAUACUGACCCGGCAUACUUCAGAUCGCAGCAUGUCGUGGAUAGAAUUGUGGAUGACCUUGCAUACACUAUUGGCGUGGAUCGAGCGGCUUUGAAUAUUGAAGCAGCGGGGAAAGGACUGGUGACUGGGUCAUUUGUUUUGAGACGUGAAUCACAGAUCGUGCUAGAUGCCAGGUCUUCUUCUCAGGACACUUUGAUUCCUCGAAUCCAGGAAAACGACGAAAUUGAUAUAUUUGGCGCUCGCUGGGUGCUCAUCAUUGAGAAAGAAGCAGUGUUCCAUCGACUUGCAAGGAAUAAUCACCACACGACAGCUCUUGCUGGUAAAGGCAUCCUCAUCACUGGGAAAGGAUAUCCGGAUAUUUGCACGCGUGCAUUCAUCCGACGGCUCUUCGAUUUCGCAUCCAAUAGCAAUAGACGCCCGCCGCCCAUUUAUGCACUGGUUGAUGGAGAUCCCGAUGGUAUAGCGAUUAUGUCGACGUACAAGUAUGGGUCUCUAGCGCACCUCCAUGAGAACACACGACUUGCUGUGCCCGGAUUGAAGUAUCUUGGAAUUCGAGUAUCGGACGCAGUCGUGGACUCGGAUGUUUCGGAGAGCGUCCUUCUUCCUUUGACUGCCAGGGACCACAGGAAAAUUCACUCCAUGCUCCGCAAUAGUCCCAUCUGGGCUGAUGGCGGGCCAGAGCCUGAAUGGCGUGUUGAGCUGCAGAGGAUGUUGAUGCUAAAUGUCAAAGCGGAAAUUGAGACGAUCUAUGAGCGUGACGGUGGCCUUGAAGCAUGGAUUGAUCGAAAGAUGUUCCGGCAGGCAUAG